AUAAGGUCCGUCUCUCCACGUGUAAGGGAUCACAGUCACGUUGAACUGCUCCACCAUGAAACGGCCAAAGUUAAGAAAAUCAAGUAAGCGGCUAUCAUGUGCAAAACGAUACAAAAUACAGAAAAAGGUACGGGAACACAACAAGAAAUUAAGAAAAGAGUCAAAAAAGAAAGGACGCAGUAAACAUGUGAAAAAGGAUCCCGGAGUACCCAGCAUUGCUCCUUUCAGAGAAGAGGUUCUCAGAGAAGCGGAACAGAGACGAUCAAAGAUUGAAGAGGAAAAGGAGAAAAAGAAGCAAACUAUAAAAGAAGAGCGGGCAAAGAAAAGGAAGAAGGUGCAAGAGGCUGCAAGUAAAGAAGCUGAUCCUAAGGCCAAGAAGGCUCGGAUGGAUGAGAAUGGCAAAAAGGCAGGCAAACGGCUGACUCCAGACAAAAGUUCAAAACCGUUCCUUUGUUCUGAGUUAAAUAAGGUAAUUGAUGCAUCUGAUGUCAUACUGGAGGUUCUAGAUGCUAGAGAUCCUCUGGGUUACAGGUGUCCACAGCUGGAGGAGGCUGUACUGCACCGGGAAGGCAACAAGAAACUGCUCUUGGUUUUAAACAAAAUAGAUCUGGUGCCAAAAGAAAAUGUGGAGAAGUGGAUUCGGUGUCUUCAGCAGGAGUUUCCAGUUGUGGCUUUUAAGGCAUCCACACAGCUCCAAGACAAAACUGUGCAAGAAAAGAAGCGCAGGAUAACCACCUCCAAUGCAGUCCUGGACAUAUCCAGAGGGGCGUCCUGCUUUGGUAGAAGCUGUCUCCUUGAACUCCUGGAAAGUUAUGCAGCAGCCAAAGAGAAUGAAGGCUUGCUCAAAGUGGGCAUUGUAGGUUUCCCUAAUGUGGGAAAGAGCAGUCUGAUUAACAGUAUGAAGGGGAUCCGGGCCUGCAAUGCUGGGUUCAAGAGGGGCAUCACUAAGUUCAUGCAGGAUGUACAUAUCUUCAAGAAUGUGAAAAUGUUAGACAGCCCCGGUAUUGUGGCAUCACCAUCCAACCCGCCAGCCUCCUUGGCCCUGAGAAGCCUCCAAGUGGAAGAAGGGCAAGAGAGUGUGCUGGAGGCUGUCAGGUCUCUGCUUAAACAGUGUGACCAGACCCAGAUAAUGCUCCAGUAUAACAUCCCAGACUACAGAAACUCUUUGGAGUUUUUAACCCUUCUGGCAAAAAAACGUGGCUUAUUGCUUAAGGGUGGAGUACUUAACACAGAGCAAGCAGCUACGGCUUUCCUUGACGAUUGUACAGGAGCCAAGCUAAGCUACCACUGUAAGGUGCCGGAGAACCGCGGCCUCCCUACCUACUUGUCUGAUGCAAUUGUCACUGAGAUGAAAAAGGACUGGGAUCUAGUGAAACUUAAAACUGGUAAUGACGACACAUUGAAAGGUGUUCGGUUCCCCAAUCGGGCCAGUAGUGUAGGUUUCAUUUCUAAAGGUCCCACUGAAGGCCUGCUCAGUGUUACUGACAUCCCUGAGAAAAGCUCUGUCCCUGAACCCAUGGAGGAAAAGACAGACAUGGAGAAUGAAAAGUUUGAGGAUGUCGCUGAGGAGUCGGAACAUGAAGAGAUGGAGGAUCCACAGAAGGCCCCAGUCAAAAAUAAACCGAGGACAACCCCAUUACACUCUGUCGACAUUACCUACUCUACAGCCAAUACAGAUGAUGCCUAUGACUUCAACACAGAUUUUAAAUGAACAAUGCUCUUUUAAACUCUGCUGCCUCAUCGUAAACUACACUGACCUACUCUGGGCAUAUUUGGAUCUUGGGUUGUCAGUAUUUGGGCCGCUCAGAGAAAGAAGUGCUUCUCGCUAUGUUUAGCAAAAUUGAUCCACUGUCUAUUCAGAAUACAUAACCUGCCUGACUGGCUGGUUGGAAUUGAGGCCUUGUUUACUGGUAUCAUACUGGGCCUAACCAGGAGCACUCCAGUGGCUCACCUGGUAGAGCGCGUCACACAUAAGGCUGAGUCCUUACUGCAGCAGCCAGGGUUUGAAUCUGGCCCGGUGCCUUUGCUGCAUGUCAUCCCCCCUCUUUCCUAUCUCUCUCUGUUGUCGCCAUCUAAUAAAGGUGGAAAAUGCCAAAAAAAGAAUCUUAAAAAAAAAAAAACUGGGCCCAACUUGGUCUUUGGCAUUGAAUGUGUACCUGUUUUUAUAAGUCUAAAACAAAAUCUGUUAUUUUCAAAUGGUCACGGUGUGACAUCUUGUUAAAACAUUGUAAAUAGUCUGAAUACAUGUAAUAAAUUAACCCUCUGUAAUGCUUUUAUCCGGUUU